UAAUAAUUAGAAGCAAAGUGUUAAGGACAGAGAAAGAUUUCAAUUUAAUAAAGUUAAAGAUUAUUAUCACAAUUAAAAACAUCUAUAAUGUCGGGCGUGUGUAAACAUGCAUUAAAAUCUUUGCGUCCUGGAAUGCAAAAUGCGUUUGUAAUCGGCAUAAUUGUAAACAGUUUUAACAUGAAAACGAUCGAUGCUACACGUACGAGAUUUAACAACGGUGAUCGAGGCGUAUGGACGUUUACGUUACGCGAUUCAAAAGAAGAUUCUAUAAAUGUAACUGUAUGGGGCAGUACUCUAUUUGUUAGAAGAUUAACUUCCACUUUUCAUAUUGGGAGCGUAGUGGAAGUUAUAAAUCCAAAAGUGUUGGAGCGGCGUUCAGAGGACAGGAACGAGGCGUUUGUACCGUGGGUGUCCAGCUCGUGCAGUCUAACGGUGAACGAGGGCAACUCGCUAGUGCAAAUUCAUGACGCACCAACACGCGCAGAAUAUGAACCUUUGCUGAUGCUCCCGAUUAAGAAGCUGACUGGCCUGCGAACUCUGAAAAGCAUUUUUGAAAACUUGGAAGCGCUACGCGAUCAAUAUGUCGACACCUUAGUAGCUGUUACUUUUGUCAGUGAUAUUCGAAACGCAAUAACACGCGACGGAAAGAGUAUAAAGUUUCGUAACUUUGAGGCAGUAGACGGAUCAACGGACAAAGUAGCGUCCUUAGUACUUUGGGAAAAUGAAUGGAUCGAAAGAGCUGCGUUAUGGGAACCAAAACGUAUUGUGCUUCUCCUCGUGGAUGCUCGUAUCGCGUACGAUAAUUUCAAGAAAAAAACUCUUUUAUCUAUAGCUAGAAAAACAAUGAUCACCGAGAAUCCUGAUAUACCACAAUGCACAGUCAUAAGAAACACGGUGCAGUGUUAUGAUAAUGAUAUUAUGUCUGGAAAUUACGCGACACCAAAUCCUGAUACAAUUACAAAUGUAAUGACCAUAAGAGAAAUUUCUGAAAAACUGAAUAAAAAACCGAAACAAGGAGAAAGGAUUCAAUUCGCUACGAUUUUAAAGGCAUACGUAAUGGAUAUAAAUGUGGAGACCUUAAGCCCUGGAAUACUAUCGAUUAGAUGCGCCUUAUGUAAGAAAGUCAUUGAUGAUAAUCGGGAUUCGUGUAUGAAUCUCGAAUGUCCAUCAGGCAAUGGAACUCGCGUGCCUCUAAACACGACAAGCCUAAAUUUAAAAGUCAAUUUAAAAGACAACACAGGUUAUCUUAUUGGCUGUCGAUUAUCCGGAGAUGCGGCUGAACGUGUUCUUGGUUGUACAGCUAAUGAGUUUCAGGGAAUGAUACUUCCUCAACGUACCGAAUUAAAGUGGAAAUAUACGCUGGAAAAAUGUGACGUACGUUUGCACGUACUUGGUCCUGCAGCCACGUUUCCGAAUGCUAUAUAUAAUAUUCUGUCGAUUUAUCGAAUUCAAGAAGACGAAGAUGAGGAUGAAGAUACUGGGCUGGUUAACGACCUUGUCUCAAACGACUUUUAAACUUCAUUAUUUAACAUUCUUAAAUAUCAAUAAAGCAUUAUUCUUAAAUGUUAUGAAAUAGAAUUGAAAUUAGCCAUUUAUAAUUUUUUUAAUAAUUGCAUUAUCUAUAGACAUUCCAAACAUAACUUUAUGUUUUCGAGUCGCAUUGUGAAACAAUUGGAGGAUUUUUAAAAAGAAUAAUGAAUGAAAUUACACAUUUUGUUGUAUAUGUCGGGUUAUCAUUAGA